UCCUUCUACCUCAUUCAUGUCAUGCCUACGACCAGCUCGUGUGUGCCGUCUGGAUCUGAAUCUAGCUCCCUCCCUCCUCCAGCCCUGUAUAUAAACCCACCCGUCGCCGAGGAGAAAUCAGUAGCCAGAGUGAGAGUUCAGCAACACUUCUUUACUAAACCUCUUGUUCAGUUCCAACGACCAUCGCCACACACAGAGAGAGGGAGAGAGAGUGUGUGUGUGUGUGUUGAAGAAAAGAAAGAUGAAGCUUAUGGGAAGGAGACAGGGGGGAGGAGGAGGGUUGAGCCGGAGCCUCAAGGAGCACAGGGCCAGGCUCUACAUCAUCCAGCGCUGCGUCGUCAUGCUCCUGCGCUGGCACGACUGACUCACACCCUCCCUCCAUGGAUUCCAUGGACGCAUGGUGUUUUAGAUUUUUGGGUCUGUGAUUGUGCUGUGCCAGAAUGGUGUCGGCAGGUCGUACUUGUACAUAAAAGGCCAGUUGAUUAUACAAGUAGAAGUAGCAGCAACGCAAAGCAAUAUAUUAGGAUCCACAGUAGUGUUCAUUGAUUCACCGCUUCCCUCUGCCCUCCAUCCCCUUCGUUCCGUCAAGUGUGUCCCGUUGUACAAUUCAAGCGCUGUCGAAUACUGUAAUGGAAUGCAAUAUAUCGGCUGAAACAGAAGGAAUCGCUGGAUCAA